CAUGUUUUUUCACAUCGCUAGGCAAAAUCGGUUUGGAAGCAGUGGGAGUAACGGGGUCUCCCACAAAAAAGGGGAAUAAAAUUGGAAUUCGAGCGGCCGCUGCAGCGCAGCGCAUUGUGCAAAGCCUCAAAAGUGUCGUAAAACUGCGUUACUUCCGCAGAUUGCAAAAGCAGCCCCCUAAAAAAAUCGAGGGGCAACGCGAAAUCAGUGCUCCUCCGCCAGCAACAACAAAUCGCUCGGUUUGCCAAGGUGUUAAUGCUCAUUUAUUUAUAAAACAUGGUCCGCAUGACUAAUGAAACGGGUUGGCGUUAUUAAAAACGAUUAAGUCGAUAUACUCGGAGAACUAGAGACCAGAAAAUAAGAAACUCCCCAAGGCACACGCACACACACACGUAAUUCGUGGUGGCGCCUAGGGUCCAAAGACAACAACAACAACCACUGGCACUAGGAUAACAACAACAGCAAUUCAUCAUUGUUAAUUGUCAACAAAAGGCGAAUUUAUUAACGUUAAACAAACACUAAAAAUAAGCAGGCAGGCAAGUAAUUAUGCUUGACCCUGGUCCAACAAUAGCCCCAUCUCGGAUUCCAGCGCAAGAGGAAGGGAGACGCAGCUAAAACCACGCUGGGAGUUGCACCGCAGUCGUCGCCAGGCUAGCAAGCGUCCAGGGCAUCGUUAUCAUAAUACUCACAGAUUGAAGGCGGGAACGAGAAACGAAAAGCGAACCAGAACCAAGAGAAGAGCGGAGCGGAGUCCAGACUGAAACCGAGGCCGAGACUGACUGAGAUUUGGCCAGAGCCACCAUGGCGGCCGUGGGCAAUCUACACAACACGCGCAUGCUGCGCUUCCUUUUAGUCCUAAUCGUGGUGAUCCUCACCAUAUUCAUCUACGCCUCGUACUCGACGACGGGCACUCUGACUGCGAACCAUGUGCACCCGGCGGCCUCACCGCCGCAGCAGUUGAUUGGUGGUCAUCCUGGUCGCCAGCCGAUGGACCAAGUGCAGAUAGUCAAUAACACGGAGAAGGAGAACAGUCCGCCGGCUGGCGGAGAAAGUACGGCUAAGUUAACCAGCAGACAGUCGCAGCAGCAACAACAGCAAACAGUGGAGAUCCACAAGAAGCAUCCGCAGCACCGACUGCCCACCAUCGAUGAGGAUGCCCUGCUCGACGGCGGCUCUGCCGGCGCCAGUCCCCAGGUGGGUGGCGCUGAACAGACGCCCAAUGGCAUGGCGGAUGAGCUGCUGGAGGAGCAGCAGUAUGGCCAGAGCGUUGACGGCAUCACCGGCAACAUCAACAGCAGCACCAAUAACAAUAGCUCUGCAGACACGUUGGUUGUCAAACAAUCGAUUCCCGCCCAAUCACCGCAACAGUUACAGCCGGGACUUUCCGAUGCCGAGCUCCUUAUACCGACAUCAAAUUUGCAAAAGUUUAUCGAGAAUGCCGAUAAGAUACUGAAGAACAUCACCUCGAACAGUAGCAAUGGAGCUGCUGGUGUCCCCGCAACCGGAACUGACCAAAACACAGAUAAAGGAAGUCAAGCGGAUAUGGCACAACUCAAUUCGGUGGAUGGCAAGCUGGAGGUCUCCGAAGCUGACUCCGUUAAGGAGGAGGUGGAAUCGAAGGUGAUACAGGAAAUUAAGGAUGCCAAGAAGGAGGCUGUAGUUUCACCGCCCAAAUCCGCCAGACCAGCAGUGGCCAGUGUGAAGACGACAAAGACGAAGAGCGUGGCCAGUGUGCCAAGUGCUCCAGUGGAUCCAUCGAAGGGAGUGGCCACCGAGAAGCUGUACGAACCAGGCCACAUAGACGAGGAAAUCGAUGCGCAGCGCAUUUGUCCACGGGACGGCGAGUCCAUUAAGCUUCUGGUGCUUAUUAGCUCCGCAAUGUCUCAUGAUGCUGCACGAAUGUCCAUUCGCCAGACGUGGAUGCACUACGGAAGCCGAAGAGACGUUGGCAUGGCCUUCGUUUUGGGCCGUGGCAUUAAUGAAACUCUGAACAAGGCCCUCACCCAGGAGAACUUCAUCUACGGUGAUCUGAUACGCGGAAACUUCAUAGACUCGUACAAUAACCUCACCCUCAAGACGAUAUCCACGCUGGAGUGGGCGGAUCUGCACUGCCCGAAGGCAAAGUACAUCCUCAAGACGGACGAUGACAUGUUCAUCAAUGUGCCCAAGCUGCUGACCUUCCUGGACAAGCACAAGGAGAAGAGGAUCAUUUACGGUCGGCUGGCCAAAAAGUGGAAACCGAUUCGCAACAAGAAGUCCAAGUAUUACGUGUCCGUUGACCAGUUUGCAGCGGGCGUGUUUCCCUCCUUCACCACUGGACCAGCUUACGUUCUCACCGGAGACAUCGUGCACGAGCUGUACGUGCGAUCGCUUAAGACCGUGUAUCUGAAGCUGGAGGAUGUCUUCACCACGGGCAUCGUGGCCAAGAGCCUGAAUAUCAAGCGGGUGCAGGCCAACGAGUUCGUCAACCGGCGCAUCUCCUUCAACCCGUGCAACAUCCGCAAUGCAAUCAGCGUGCACAUGAUCAAGUCGAACGAACAGUUCGAUCUGUGGAAAAAGCUGCUGGACCAGACCACCAAGUGUAAAUAGUAUUUUAAGUUUAGGGUUUAGUUUGUCGGUACGAAGUGAAUAACCCAGUGUGGUCUUUCGAGGAGCGGAGCAAAAAUAUUAUGUAAUACGGUACGAGUAGAGAAUGAUUAGCCAAGGCAGCUAAAUAUAGGAUUAUACAAUUAGCAUAGUCUCUAAGUCCUAGAAGUAUCACAAAUUUCGUCGUUGUUGAUCCCUGCAUCUGCCUAUAUGCAUGUGGUCCAUCGGCGAUCCGAGUACAUUUUAAACGAUUCGUAGUUUAAUUUUAGCAUUCUGAAUGCCAUUAUUUAAAUGAUAAUUACUGAGCGAUAACUGUGGUUAUAUCUUAACACUAAAUACAUUAAUGUAUAUCGAGAGAA